AUGGGCUCUAAUGACUCCCGCAUAGAGUAUCGCAUUGCGUCCCUCGUUCACUCGCACUUCAAUGCUCUUCCUCAACGGUGUAAGCCAACCAUCCGCCCAAAUGGAACACCGGAAUGGAUCCCCUUGAGUGGAAUUGUGCUCGUGACGAGUAAAACACCUGCUAAUAUAUUCAAAGGGGAGGAUACCGCUGAGGAAUCUCUGACCUGUGUUGCUCUUGCAACGGGCGCGAAAUGCCUUUCGUCGUCUCAAAUUCACCUUUGCCAGGGACUUGUGCUUCAUGACAGUCAUGCUGAGAUCCUUGCGCUCCGUGCUUUCAACCGAUGGCUCCUUGAGGAGUGUAAAUCGAUGUUGACGCACAGUCAGGAGCUUAGUUCUCGCGAUAAAGAAGGAAUCGGCUGUCAGCUUCGGAAUGAUGGCAACGGCCAGAUCUCCCCGUUUCUGGAGUGGAGGGUUUCCAGGCUCGAGUCUACGAGUGCCAUUCCUGGCAACCAUGCAAAGGAACUUCUAUGGCCGCCUUUCAAAUUGAAAGAAAAUAUCAGGAUAUGGAUGUAUUGUACUUGCGCCCCUUGCGGAGAUGCCAGUAUGGAAUUAUGCAUGGCAGCCCAAGAUGAUCCCACUCCGUGGGACGUUCGCGCCCUUGACGACGCAGCCACUGAAAUUGAAUCCGACCUUACGAAAGGUCUCCUAGACGGCCGUGCGCACUUCUCGGUGCUAGGCGCCGUUCGCCGUAAACCAUCUCGUGCUGAUGCAGAGCCGACGCUAAGCAAAUCUUGUUCAGACAAACUUGCCGCGAAGCAAAUCACAUCAUUGCUCUCUUUUCCAGCGAGUCUACUUAUCGCACCAUCUCCUAAUGCAUAUCUGGCCAACCUCAUUCUUCCGGAAGAUGAAAUCAGCCAGGUUGCCUGUGAGCGAUCAUUCGGGAAUGGGCAAACCGGCCGUCUUCGAGAGCUUAAUGGCCGAAAAUGGCAGGAUUUUGGAGCGUCUGCUCGUUUGGACAGUUAUUAUGCCUUCUUUCCGUUCACUGUUCGGUCAUUACCAAUGGAACAGCUGAGUGCCCUCUGGCAUUUUUCCAAAUCAAAAGACGCCGGUUUGCCAGCUAGUAAAUCAUCCAACAAGUCUGCAGUCUGGACAGCAGCUUCAUCUUUUGGCGCCAAGCCGGCUUAUACCUCGUUUCGCCAGAAGCAGUCGACAGGUCGGGCUUCCAAGUCGAUUCCGAAAACGUUUCCUACCAAUAUUAUUGAGACCAUUUUAAAUGGUGUAAAGCAAGGAUAUCGGAUCACCUCUCCAGAUGCGCGCAAGGCCAGUGCUUUAUCACGAGCUAAGAUGUGUGAAUUGCUUUGUGAUAUUGUUAAACUUCUGCCAGAAGUGAGCGUCGGCUAUUACCAAAGUAAGGACGGAUGUCCCGUUAACGAGAAUGAAGCCAGCCGUAAAAGGUUGGAUGAUAGGUCUGAGAUGGGGGAGCGGUUUGCACACCUGAAAGAAUGCGUCGUCUCCUCACCCACGUACUUCUUAAUGAAGCGCAAUGCCGAAGGAGCAAGGCUAUUGCAUUUGCGAAAGCAAGCUCUGGAAGAUGUCCGACAAACCCUAGGCAAUUGGAUUGAAAAUAGAGGUGAUGAACAGUGGACAUUGGGGCCAGCCAAAGAUAAAAAUGUGUGA